AAAUGUAAACAAAAUAAACCGCGAAAUGCCUCAGCAGAACGCCGACCCGCGUUACUCAUUAUUUUGACUGUAUUUCUGUGCUGGUGCUCUGUAUAUAUACGGCCUUGGUAUAAAGUGGGAUGGUUCAAAAUACGCAACUUGCUUCAACGUUACAAAUCCACAGAGGUUUGGAGGACGGGAGCGUGUAGCAAGUGUGUAGUAUGCAUGCGUUUAGCGUGCGAGGCGCUGCCGUUGAUGCGGUGCAAUUGUAGUCCCGACUCCGAGUACAUAAAAGGUGCAGGUACCCACUUGGUUUCCUGUAAUUCGUUCCCGUUCACAUUUUUUAAGAAUCGAGUUGUUUUUUCUGCUGACUGGGGCUACAGCAAGAUAUUAAAAUGCUGCUGAAGCAUCUGAAAACAAUUUUACCCGCUCAGGACGGCGCCGCCAAAAUAACGGCCAUGACGUGGUCUUACAACAACGUCAAGCUGGCCGUCUGCACCGCUGAUCGCGUCGUUAUCAUGUUUGACGAAAACGGCGAGAAAAAGGACAAAUUCUCCACCAAGCCCAUCGAUGCUAAGUACGGCAAAAAGAGCUACGUGGUGAAGGGCCUGGCGUUCUCUCCAGAUGGCACCAAGCUUGCCAUCGGACAGUCAGACAACAUCAUAUUUGUCUACAAGAUCGGCGAGGACUGGGGCGAGAAAAAGGUGAUCUGCAACAAAUUUGUCCAGUCGGCGGCGGUGACCUGUCUGAUCUGGCCUCUCGAGGGUCCCAUCGUGUUCGGCCUGGCCGAUGGAAAGGUGCGCGGUGCCAACGUCAAGUCCAACAAGUCGCAGACGCUCUACCAGACAGAGUCCUACGUCGUCUCCCUCUCGCCCAAUUCCAGCGGCACGGCCUUCCUGUCGGGACACGCCGACGGCGCCGUCGUUCGGUUCUACGUGUCCAAAGAUGAGGAACAACUGCCUCAGGGUAAGAUCCUACAGCACAACGUACCGCCCUACGCGCUCUGCUGGGCCAACAACCACAUCGGUAUCGGCGGCUGCGACAGAAAGUUCAUCUUCUACACUAAGGAGGGUCGGCUGGGACAGCAGUUUGACUAUGCGCGCGACGACAGUGAGAAGGAGCUGACCACAGCCAUCUGCAGCCCCAGCGGACAGAGUGUAGUCGUCGGCAGUUUCGACAGGCUGCGCGUGUUCGACUGGAGCCCGCGGCGCAACAUCUGGGAGGAGUCCAAGAUGAAGGAGAUCAAAAACCUGUACACCAUCACGGCGCUGGCCUGGAAGCGGGACGGCUCGCGGGUCACCUGCGGCAGCCUGUGCGGCAGCGUCGAGCUCUUCGACUCGGCUCUCAAGCGCGCCGUCUGGAACGACCGGUGGGAGAUGACCUACGUCGGACCGUCCCAGGUGCUCAUCAAACCGCUCAAGGGCGGCGGCCGGGGCGUCAUCCUCAAGUCCCAGUACGGAUACGAGAUCGAGGACGUCAAAUUCAUGGGCAAGGAGCGGUACCUGGUGGCUCGCACGCCGGAGACGCUGCUGGUGGGCGAUCUCUCCCGAAACCUGCUCUCCGAGGUGCCCUGGAUGGACAACAGCGGCAACGAGAAGUUCUUCUUCGAGAACACCAACUGCUGCAUGAUCUUCAACGCCGGCGAGCUGAGCAUCAUCGAAUACGGCAACAACGAGCUCCUCGGAUCAGUUCGCACCGAGUUCAUGAACCCGCACCUCAUUAGCGUGCGAAUCAACGAGCGCAGACAGAAGGGUGUCGAGGACAACAAGAAGAUGGCCUACCUGGUCGACCUCAAGACCAUCACCAUCAUUGACCUCAUGUACGGGGUGAACCUGGGCGUGAUCUCUCACGACACCAAGAUCGACUGGCUGGAACUGAACGAGACGGGCCACAAGCUGCUGUUCAGGGACAAACGGCAGCGACUGCAGCUGGUCGACAUCGAGACCAAGACCAACACCGUCAUACUCAACUACUGCAGCUUCGUGCAGUGGGUGCCGGGCAGCGACGUGGUGGUGGCCCAGAGCCAGACCAACCUCUGCAUCUGGUACAACAUCGACGCCCCCGAACGGGUCACUAUGUUCCCCAUCAAGGGAGACAUCGUCGACAUCGACCGCAGCGACAACAAAACAGAGGUGAUAGUUCAGGACAGCCGCCAGGAGUACUCGUACACGCUGGACGAGGGUCUGAUCGAGUUCGGCACGGCCAUCGAUGACGGCGACCUGCUGCGCGCCAUGACCUUCCUCGAGUCGCUGGAGCUGACGCCGGAGGCCGAGGCCAUGUGGCGCACGCUGGGCCGGCUGGCGGUCGACAGUCAGCAGCUGCACAUCGCCGAGCGGUGCUAUGCCGCCCUGGGGGACGUCUCCAAGGCCAAGUACCUGCGCGAGGUCAUCAUGCUCGCCGAACAGGUCGCCCAGAAAAUGGGACACGGUGACGGCAUGGACUUUUACGAGGUUCGGGCGCGUAUGGCGGUGUUCAGUCGUCAGUUUAAGGACGCAGAGGCCAUCUACCUGGACAACAACCAGGUGGACAGCGUCAUCCGCAUGUACCAGAACAUGAACAAGUGGGACGAAGCACUGCAGGUGGCCGAGACGCGGCGCCACCCGGAGCUGCCGCAGCUGCGCGCCAACUACCACCAGUGGCUGAUGGCCACCCGACAGGAGGAGCGCGCCGGCGAGCUCAAGGAGCAGGAGGGCGACUACAUACACGCCGUCCAGCUGUACCUGCGCAGCGGCCUCCCCGCCAAGGCGGCCCGGGUGACGCUCAACACGCCGGAGCUGGCCAACAACGUCGGCCUCAUUAACGCCAUCGCGCAGGCGCUCAUCACGGCCGAGCUGUUCGAGAAGGCCGGCGAGAUGUACCAGCGGGUCAACGAGCUGGAGCCGGCGCUCGACUGUUUCCGCCGCGGCAGCGCGUACCCGCGCGCCGUGGCGCUAGCCCGCUCCAACUUCCCAUCAGUGGUGGUCCAACUGGAGGAGGAGUGGGGCGACUACCUGGUCUCCAAGCGCGAGAUGGACGCCGCCAUCAGCCAUUACAUCGAGGCCGGCAAGACCAUCAAGGCGCUGGACGCGGCCGUGCACGCCCGUCAGUGGAAGAAGGCCAUGCAGAUCGUCCAGGGCUACCUGGCCGACAAUCCUGGAGCCGCACAGGCUGAUGGGCAAAAGAAGAAGAAGAAAAAGAAGAAGGCGGCUGGCGGCGAACAGGACAUCUCGCCCUAUCUGCUCAAGCUCGGAAACCACUUCGCCCAGAUCGGCGACCACGCCACCGCCGAGAAACUCUUCAUGGACGGUGGCAUGUUCAAGGAAGCCAUCGAGAUGUACAACAACGCCGGCAAGUGGGACAAGGCGCACUACAUCGCGCGCCAGCACAUGGCUCCGGAGCAGGUGACGCAGAUGUACAUCCACCAGGCGCAGGAGCUCGAGGAGUCCGGCAAGUUCAGGGACGCCGAGAAGCUGUACAUCACCGUGCAGGAGCCCGACCUGGCCAUCACCAUGUACAAGAAGCAGCGCCAGUACGACCAGAUGAUGCGGCUGGUGACGGAGCACCACCCGGAGCUGGUGAACCAGACGCACGUCCACCUGGGCGGAGAGCUGGAGAACGAAAACAACUACAAGGAGGCUGAGAAACACUACGUGGCCGGCGGCGACUGGAAGGCGGCCGUCAACAUGUGGCGCGGCCUGGAGAGCUGGGAGGACGCCUUCAGGGUGGCCAAGAACUCGGGCGGCAACAACGCCGCCAAACAGGUGGCCUACCUGUGGGCGCGCACCAUGGGCGGCGAGUCGGCCGUCAAGCUGCUCAGGAAGCUCGGCUACCUGGACCAGUGCAUCGAGUACGCCUGCGAGAGCCUGCAGUUCGACUUCGCCUUCGAGCUGGCCAAGGGCAGCCCGCCGAACAAGGUACAGGAGAUCCACUACAAGCACGCCAUGGCGCUCGAGGACGACGGCAAGUUCCCUGACGCCGAGGAGGCCUUCAUCCGCGCCGGAAAACCGCGCGAGGCCGUGCUCAUGUACGUGCACAACCAGCAGUGGCCGUCGGCGCAGCGUGUGGCCGAAAACUACGAUCCCGACUCCGUGCCGGACAUCCUGGUCGGCCAGGCCCGCCAGGCGUUCCAGGAGCAGAACUACAGCAAGUUCGAGUCGCUGCUGCUGCGGGCCGGCCGCUCCGAGAUGGCCAUCGGACUCUACAAGGAGGCCAACAUGUGGCAGGAGGCGCUGCGCGUCUGCCGCGAGUACGCACCGCACAAGCUGGACGAGCUGCAGGAGGAGUACGACAAGAACGUGAUGAAGCAGACGGGCACCAGCACGGCCAGCGGCGACGUGCGCAUGCUGCUCGAGCAGGCCGCCAAGUGGGAGCAGACCGACGACGUCGCCAAGGCUAUCGACUGCUACAUGAAGAUCAACCCGUCGAUGACUCAGGACCGCGCCAUCGUGGAGAAGGCCUGGAUGAAGGCCGCCGAACUGGCCAUCAAGUUCCUCGGCUCCACCAAGGGACCCAAGCUGGCAGCAGAGAUGGGUAAGCGGCUGCUGGAGAUCGGCGCCAACAGCGCGGCCGCCCAGGUGUUCCUCGGCUCGGAUAAAGUGCGCGAGGCCAUCGAGGCGCUCGUGCAGGCGUCCGAGUGGCAGAAGGCCAAGAAAAUCGCCCAGGAGAUGGAGCCGAGCUAUCUGAAGUACGUGGAGGAGAAGUACAAGGAGUUCCUGAAGACCGAGGGCCAGGCAGACGCUCUGGCCAGCGUGGACGUCAUCCAGGGGCUCGACAUGUUCGUCCAGAAGGGUCAGUGGCAGAAGUGCAUUGAGACGGCCAAGCAGCACGGUCCUCAGGUGCUGCACAAGUACCUGGCCCUGUACGCCGCCCACCUCAUCAAGGAGAACAUGCCGGUGGACGCGCUGAAGCUGUACGUGAAGCACGGCGCGCCGGCCCAGUCGCAGAAUUACAACAUCUACAAGUACAUCACGGUCAGCAUGUUCGGCCAACACUCGCUGGCCAAGCCCGAGAGCUACAAGGUGUGGUCGGAGCUGCGAGAGUUCCUCUUCGAUCUGGUGGGCAACAUGAACCACUCGGCGGAGGCGGGCUCGGCGGUGCACGAGGUGUUCCAGACGAUGCUGUUCGUGGCCCACCUGCUGGCCGCCCGCUCGGCCGCCUACAGCGUCGACCAGCUCACCAUGGUGGCCAGCAAGAUCUCCGUGUCGCUGCUGCGCUACACCGAACUGGUGCCCGCCGACAAGGCCUUCUUCGAGGCGGGCGUCGACGCCAAGAAGGUGGGCUGGGACAACCUGGCGUUCGUGUGCUGGAACCACUUCCUGGACCUGGUGGAGGCCAUCGAGGAAGGCUCGCUGGACACCAUCGACCACAGCGACUUCGCCGACACGGACGUGCCGUUCGAGAUCCCGCUGCCGCCGCGCGCCAACGUGGACGCCGCCGAGACGGAGCGCGCCAAGGAGUGGGUGCUGGCCGUCAGCAUGGACCAGUCGGUGGAGCAGGAGCUGCCGCGCGACGAGCGCGGCUGCUACGCCGCCUCGCUGCUCAACCCGGACGGCAGCCGAGCGCCGCCCUGCGUCGUCACCGGCUACCCCGUGCUCAAGAACAAAAUGGAGUUCCAGUACGGCAAGGUGGCCAACAAGGACGACUGGAACUCGCUGGUGAUGACGGCCAAGAUGACCAACAGCGUGGAGCUGACGGACGUGCUACGGUUCGUGGGCACGUGGGCGGGCACCGGGCAGCAGGGCUUCCGGCUCUGAGUGGCCCACCUCCGUCCCGGCCGGGCCCGAUUCCGUCCCAGGUCGUACCUGGUGCCCGGCAGUCAUGCCGACCGGUAUAAUCUGUGUUACACUAUUCUAGUCGCCCAUGUGGUGCCACACGGGCUGCGUCCAGUGUUAUUUUUGCUCCGCUGAUAUCGUUAAUCGCUUGUUAUUUGUCCCCCUCUGUGCCCGUCUGCCUGUGCCGCUCCAUAUUUCACUCACUCACCCGUCCAAGGCGGCCGCGACAAGGCGAGUCGCGGCGCCGCUUUACCCAGCGGCCCAGUCUUCGAUGACUGCAAUACCGCUGUGUACGCUCAUUACUCCGGGAUCGGGCAGCAUUCGAUGCCAGGCUUAGCCGAGGCUGCCGACCGCCAUUGUCCACGCAUAUCUGUCGGUAGCCUGUGUUUGUCUGCAGCCGGCAGUUGUAACGAGUCCGUCCACUCAAGAAAGCAUCGCGGUGAUAAAUCGCAGCAAUGCACUGUAUGUGUUAUAAUUACGAAAAUAAAGUGUGCAAUAUAACCGGA